UCAGUAGCAAAGCCUAAUAGUUUCUCAGUAUUUCAAUCGACAAUCAAUCAAAAAACCAGUAGAGAUGGCCCGAACCAAAGUGAAAGUGAAUAAACAGCAAUACCAUAAAUCAAGAAUGGCAGAAAUCUCAAGGUCAAUACAAUCAAUAAUAUCAAAGAAACAAAUUAUAACAAAAGUAUUCGAAAAGGGUGAUGAAGUUGAAGUGGGAAGUCACGAAGAUGGAUUCGAAGGUUCUUACUACAGAGCAACUAUUCUUUCUAUGUUUGACCCUAAUCAUUACAUCGUCAAGUACAAGACUCUGUCAACUGAUGAUGAAUCUGAACUGCUGGAGGAGGUGAUCCCUACAAUCGAGGUCCGCCCUGUUCCGCCUCAUCGAGAUGGAACAAUGUCAAAACACGGAUUCCGUUUAUAUGAUAUUGUAGAUGUGUAUGCCAAUGACGGAUGGUGGUUUGGAUGUAUCAGUGCCAUAAUUGGAGAAGAGUAUUAUGUCUAUUUCCCUUCAACUGAAGAUAGCAUUGCAUACCCUUCUCAUGUCUUGAGAUUUCAUCAAGAAUGGUCUAAAUGCGGGUGGAUAUCUCUUCCAUGACAAGGAAGGAUUUUCGACUUGCACUGAUCUUGAUUUCAAGAUAUUCUUGAUUUACUGUAAUUUGAUAUGAAUGUGACUUAGCUUAUUGAUCAGUCUCUUUAUCCCAAUUCAUCAAGUUUAGUUGCAAAUUGUUAUAUUGAUGAUUAUGAUUUCAA